AUGCCUGAACAACUCAACAUCGUCAUCAUCGGCGCCGGCCUCAUUGGGCCCCGUCACGCCCAGUCCGUCCAGGCACACCCAGAGACAAACCUCAUCGCCUUCAUCGACCCAUCGCCCUCUGCCCUCCCAAUUGCGUCUUCUUUCAACGUCCCCUGCCAUCCUUCCCUAGACGCCCUCCUCUCAUCCAACUCUACACCACCCCCAGACGCCGCCAUAAUCUGCACCCCAAACCACACCCACGUCCCGCUCGCCCUCCAACUCCUCGAGAAGAAAAUCCACAUCCUCCUCGAAAAGCCCGUCUCGGACUCCCUAGCCACCGCGGAAUCCCUGCUAUCCGCAGCAUCCCAAGCCCCCUCCGUCAAAAUCCUCGUCGGCCACCACCGCCGCUUCAACCCUUACAUCCAGAGCACAAAGGCCCUACUAGACUCCAACUCCCUCGGCUCCAUAAUCGCCGUAAACGGCCUCUGGACACUCCUAAAACCAGACUCCUACUUCGCACCCCCACUAGGCGCCUGGCGCGCCGAUAAACAUAAAGGCGGCGUGCUAGGUAUAAACCUCAUCCACGACAUCGACGUCCUCCAAUUCCUCUUCGGACCGGUGACACGCGUAUUCGCUGAAGGAACGACACCUCAGCGCGUGGAUGGCAACCCCAGCCAUACAGCCGAGGAAGGAUGCGCCGUGACACUGCGCUUUGCGAGCGGCGUUGUCGGGACGUUCCUGGUUAGCGAUGUUGUUCCGUCGCCGUUGAACUUUGAGACGGGUACGCGUGAGAACCCGGCUAUUCCGGGGGUUGAGCGCGAGGAGAGUGCGAGUGAUUGCUAUAGGAUUUUUGGGAGGGGUGGGAGUUUGAGUGUGCCGGAUAUGACGAGGUGGAGUUAUGACGGCGUUAAUGGUUCUGGGGAGAAAGGGUGGAAUUGUGGGCUGAGUGUUGAGAAGAUGCCGGUUGAUGGGGUGGAUGUGAAGCCGUUUGAUAGGCAGUGGGCGCACUUUGUGAGGGUGUUGAGGGGGGAAGAGGAGGUGAGUUGCUCGGUUGAGGAUGGGGUCAGGGCGCUCAGGGUUGCUGGGGGUGUUAGGGAGGCGAUGGAGAGUGGGAUGCCGGUGAAUAUUGCAGAUGUUAAAUGA